AUGAAGUUCGCAAUUCGUGUCUCUCAUCGCCUUGGCCUAUACGCAAAUACGACCUGCAUCUAUUUUGUUUUUGGCGAGGUAAAUGCGUUUUACAGCAUAAGUGAGUUAAUGAGCGUAGAGGCAGACUUAAGUGCCAAUUUUCCGAACGAAAAUCAGAUAACGUUGGGUGCAAUAUUAGAUCGUGCAAGAGAGACAUUGCUCAGUGCAGGUUCGUCUCGUGUCAAUGCUUCAAAUAUUGUCGUCGCUAUUACAAGUGGAAAGUCAACAGAUGAUAUCGAAGUGCCAACAAUUACCUUGAAGGCAUCGAACGUGACAGUUUUUGCCAUGGGUGUGGGUGAAAAGUAUUCUUUGGGGCAGUUGAAUGAGAUGGCAAGUGAAUUGGAUGAGGAUCACGUCUUCACAGCAGAGUCUUGGGAAGACGUUAAUGCUGAUUUUGUAUCUGAAGUGGCGAAGAAAAUAUAUCAAGGUGGGCUGAGUAUCUAGUUUACUUUUAUAUCGUGAAAAAAAAAAAAAAAACAGUAGCAGAUGCACGAAAGCGUUUCAGAACAUUUAAGAAAUAGAGGUCAUGCGUGGAUCUAGGGAAAAUAUUGACCGCGAUUCCCUAAACUAACGCCGAAGGCGCACGUUUCUAGGGGGAGUUCGGGGGCAUGCUUUCCCAGGAAAUUUUAUUACAUUUAAUUCUCUAAAGUCCCCUUACCUGGGUGGUUUCUGAGUCAUUCGUCGGACAGGAUAUUGGCCAGUUCCAUUGUCCUCUGAUGAAGCCUUACAAAUCGGUGGAAUAUUAUUAUUAUUUCUCAUGCCCGGAAAUUGGAAAAAAAAUUAUUCAAACCAUUUUCCAGAAAAAAAAAUUCUGUUUAUGAAAAAUCUGACCGAUUAAUUUCCGUAAAAUGGUGGAAACCGAUGAGGAUCUGCGCAUGGAAGUAGUGUAUUCUCUUCGAACCCAUCGUUAAAUACAGCAACUGAUCAAACCACUAACUAUGUUAUCCUUGUUUCUCAUAAGUUGUCGACAGUUGUGUGAGCUCUCCAUGUUAUAACAACGGCUCUUGUACAAAUUUGGACGGUGGCUACAACUGCACGUGCUCUGUGGAAUAUUCUGGAGAACGCUGCGAGAAAAGUGAGAAGUCUACAAGUUACUUUUUUAUGCGUGAAAAACAAUGA